CAGGAUGUCAAUGGCUUUCACAUGUCAGGAUAACCUUAAAGACAGAGGAAUGGUCAAACCCUGAGCCUCAUUUCUGAGUUCUCAGCUGCUGUGCUGUGGAAAUCAUGUGUUUAUUUUCUGCGUCUCCUCCUACAACAGUCACUCUGAAGCCAGUUUUAAGAUCCUUCAUCUGGGCAAGCAAGCUCCUCUAGAAGUUGUCACAACCUCUGGAUAAAAGAGAAGAGCCACAUUCAGGAAUCUGAAAGGGGAUGGUCAGAAUGAACAUGAUUUGAGUCCUUGGUCUCUUGUUGGAGAACAAUGAGGAUGACAGACACUUGCAUAAAGACACAGCUGAUGUUAUUUAAACCUACUUCAGAAUAGAAGAUUUCUUUCUACUUAACCAUAAGCAUAUUUAAACUCACACUUUUAAUAAUGGGGAUUACAGUGUAGGGUUUUCUGCAGAAUACCAUUUGGUCCUACUAAGAAUUGACCAUUCAAAUGUUGGAGCAUUUGAUUGAAAAAUCCUUCUUAGCCUUUUCAAAGAGAGUCCAGUAGUGGACUGGAUUUUAUGAGAGAAAAAAAUACAUAGAAAUUUUUUUCAUUUACCAAAAUCAUUAUGAGACUGGAACAAUAAAUCCAAUACAAAAUCAUCAGAAGUUAAGCUGGGAGGAAUAACAUAAUUACAACUGGAGAGAUAGCUUACAAUUGAUUACAAGAAUUGAUUCCUCUGAGACUCAUCAGAUCAUUUCCUGUAAAAUCCGUAUCUUUCUAUUUGUGAAAAAGACCUCUUGGAAACCAUCUUCAUCAGACCUGGGAGUUUGAAAGAAGCAGGUUCUGAACCUUAGUUUUUUCCCUGAACAAGAAAAAUGGGCUGUGAUCGAAACUGUGGGCUCAUCGCUGGUGCUGUCAUUGGUGCCGUCCUGGCUGUGUUUGGAGGUAUUCUAAUGCCAGUUGGAGACAUGCUUAUUGAGAAGACAAUUAAAAAGGAAACUGUCCUUGAAGAAGGUACAAUUGCUUUUAAAAAUUGGGUUAAAACAGGCACAGCAGUUUACAGACAGUUUUGGAUCUUUGAUGUGCAGAAUCCAGAGGAGGUGGCAGUUAACAGCAGCAAAAUUAAAGUUAAGCAAAGAGGUCCUUACACGUACAGAGUUCGUUAUCUAGCCAAGGAAAAUAUAACCCAUGACUCUGAGACCCACACGGUCUCUUUCCUACAGCCCAAUGGUGCCAUCUUUGAACCCUCACUAUCAGUUGGAACCGAGAAUGACACUUUCACUGUUCUCAAUCUGGCUGUUGCAGCUGCACCCCACCUCUACCCAAACAUAUUUAUUCAAGGAGUACUCAAUUCACUUAUCAAAAAGUCAAAAUCCUCCAUGUUUCAAAAGAGAACUUUGAAAGAGCUAUUGUGGGGCUAUAAGGAUCCAUUCUUGAGUUUGGUUCCAUACCCUAUUACCACUACAGUUGGUGUGUUUUAUCCUUACAACAAUACUGCAGAUGGAGUUUACAAAGUGUUCAGCGGAAAGGACGACAUAAGCAAAGUUGCAGUAAUCGACACAUAUAAAGGCAAAAAGAAUCUCUCCUAUUGGCCAAGUUAUUGUGACAUGAUUAAUGGUACAGACGCAGCAUCAUUUCCACCUUUCAUUGAGAAGACCCAGGUAUUGCAAUUCUUCUCCUCUGACAUUUGCAGGUCGAUCUAUGCUGUGUUUGGAGCCGAAAUUAAUCUGAAAGGAAUCCCCGUGUAUAGAUUUAUCCUUCCAUCCUUGGCUUUUGCAUCUCCACUUCAAAAUCCAGACAACCACUGUUUCUGCACAGAAAAAAUUGUCUCCAAAAAUUGUACUUCAUAUGGUGUGCUAGAUAUUGGCAAAUGCAAAGACGGAAAACCCGUGUAUAUUUCACUUCCUCAUUUUCUAUAUGCAAGUCCUGAAACUGCACAACUUAUUGAAGGCUUAAGUCCAAAUGAAGAAGAGCACAGCACAUACUUAGAUGUUGAACCUAUAACUGGAUUUACCUUACGAUUUGCAAAACGGCUGCAGAUCAACAUAUUGGUCAAGCCAGCAAGAAAAAUUGAAGCAUUAAAGGGUCUGAAGCAGAACUAUUUUGUGCCUAUUCUUUGGCUUAACGAGACUGGUACCAUUGGUGAUGAGAAGGCAGAAAUGUUUAGAAAUCAAGUGACUGGAAAAAUAAACCUCCUUGGCCUGGUAGAAAUUACCUUACUCAGUGUUGGUGUGGUGAUGUUUAUUGCUUUUAUGAUUUCAUACUGUGCAUGCAGAUCAAAGAGAGUAAAUUAAGAAGCAAAUGAGUCUUUACAUUUAUGCACCAGCUACAUGAGGACCUUUCUUAAUAUCGACCUACAAAAUGAAGAUUUAAUAUGCUUUAUUUUUGCGAAACACACCUUGUCUUACAGUUGAAGAACUGGCGCACUUCUGUUCUCUGCACUGAGCAGCAGCACAUUUCUAAAGGAUUAUUAAGAUGUCAUUAAAAUCCACACUUUGAACAAAAAGCAGUAACUUUUAAAAUUCAACAUGUUCACGAUGGAAUGGAUUUCAGUUUCUACAGGUGUGGCUUCAGCAUGAUCCAAUUAUUUUUCUUUGGUACUGAUUCACUGAUAGCAAAAGGGAACCAAAAUUCAGAAAAGGGGUAGAUGUUCUAAACAAAUCCUGGACCCUAAACUCUUGUCUUCCUCGUCAAAGGGAAAACAUCACACCCUCAUCAAUGUCCCUGCAAUACACAGACCCCAGGACUGUCAGGACAUUGCUUUUCAUGAGCAUCAACUAUUCUGAAAGACAUUUAAGAAUGGAAACUAAAUGACUGCCCUAUGAACCAUUUAUUAAACAUUACUUAAGUUUCUUUCUCUAUGGAAUCCUUUCUACAGCAUCAGUAGGCACUAUAACCAUGCUGUUUAUAACAAUAUGGGCUUAUAUUUUUGUCAAUGAUUAUACAAAUGGACAUGUUUGGGACUGUCAUUUUUCCAUGUUCUGCAGUUCUUUUGGAAAUUUGAGUAGAUUUUUAUCUUUUCACUCAGUUGAAUAUAACUUAUGCUUGGCAACUUCAGAAUGCUGUGCUGGUUUUAAGAGAUGUAAAUGAUAAUAAAGAAAUUAUUGUGUGGGAGAUUACAAAGAGUAGAAUGUGCAUUCAAAGUUAUUUGUCGUAAUAUUUCUUGCUUUCAUAGUCACCACAGAAAGACUGGUUUCAAACAUUAAAAAAUGUUGCUCCUUAAA